AUGGAUCUGGAUGACGAAGAUAUAAAAAUUAUUGAGAAAAAUAAGGUCGCCGCCGGAACCAUAGCACUUUUGAUCAAGGCACUUAACGGUGAAGUACAAGUACCGGCAUCUCUCCAGGAACCAGAAACUGCUGAAGAUUUUGAAAAGACGUGUAUUAACGAACUCCCUCAUAAUCCUAUCUCGACUUCUGAAGAAAAUUCAGUUGGCACUCACUUGCCCGAAAAUGAUUUACCCGAAGCUACCCGUAUCAAUAAACAAUCUCAUGAUCUCGUUAACGCUGAACAUGAUUUACAAAUUGCCAAAGCUAUUGAAAAGACUCAUGAUCCUAUAUCGAUUUCUGAAGAAGUUGACGCUCACUUGCCUCUGGGCUCCUCCGUUAUUAUGAACUUUGGAAUUGUCACUAUACCAAAUGAUCGUGUUCAUAAUUCGUUUAAGAUGGAAAUAAAUGUUUUGCGAAAGCUGUUUGCAGACGAACAUCCAGCACAAAUGCACCUUUCACAGUUGGAGGCUCAAUUAAAGGCAAGCUGUGUGCUUAGUGGACGAGGUGCAUCCUCGGUGUCUCCUUGUGAGGCGAGGUGCGCCCUCGUGAGAUUGGAUGUGUCCUUAUCUCCAAAAACGAAACAGAUGCCACGAAAAAUGAAAAAGACCUAUAGAAGAAAAAUAUCGAAAUUAACAAAAAUGCUUGCCAAGAAAGAAGUUGUAAAAGAAGAAAUAGAAAUCGCAAAGAAUUCUGUGAUUGCAAAGGGAUACCAUCGGAUAAAUAAACAUUAUGAAGAUUACCAUGAGGCGAGCACUCAACUCGUUAAACGAAAUUUGUCUGAUGAUGGAAAUGAGGUGUCUCUGGCUACAAAAAGAGCGAGAACCACGAAAUAA